GCCAGUACCAAGCCCUACAUACAUGUGCGCUCCGGUGACAGCCUUAUCUCAGACGUCUCUAGUGGCAGGACCGAGGCAACUGGAGCAGAAUUAUUAGUGCCGUGUGGUGUUAAACUCGGGUUAUCGGGAAGACGUAGCCGACAGGCUCUGAGACAGAAGAUUUAGGUUUGAGACAAGCAGUCAGUGUAAAUCUAGGGUUCAGUGAAAUUAACAUAAAGACCAUUUUCCCAACAUUUCUGAACUUUAAACAGGAUAAGUGCAUGCAGUUUGGUGAAAUCAGUUUCUUUCAAGCAUCGAGUGCAUCUAUAAACGACCUUUCACAAACGCAUUACCAUCGAUAAACCAUCCAACAUGUCAAUACUGUUUCAAAAACGAAAGGCACCAGCAGGGAGGCGAGUGGUUGUCAGGAAAGCUGGUGAAGUAGAAAAGGGAAAAGACGCCUGCCUGAGCUGCGCCUGGCAGAUUACUCUUAAUGAAGAACUCGUCCGGAUAUCCUUCUCACGUGACAACCUACAUGUGUGGAUUACAGGACAUCCUGCGGACACAAUAGCCCACAUCAGUGACCACAACUACGAUGUGGACCUGUACUUUGAGAUCUGUCCUGGAUACAGCGGUCAUAUAUUUAGCGACGUGAACAACGAUCGAACGGCCAUCAACAAUUACUUGCAUGUCAACGGCACGCUAUCUGCUGAGACGGUUCUAACGUUCGAGAAAAAUUCUGAACACUUUAAGAACAUAAGGAAAGGAAAGCGAUAACAAUAAAUAAAACAAUAACGGUUAUUUGAUCAAUAAACAAAAGACUUUACUCUAAUUCACGUUUGUUUAGAAGGGAUUAUUUCCGUGUUAUCUCACGAAAUAAAAAUGAAAACGUGGACAAUUUCAGAAGAAUAACAUUUUGAAUAUAUUGGUCGACAGAAAGGCAGAGUUAUCGCAACAAUGCGUAGUUAUGCCUUGUUUACAAUCGACAGUUAGACUCGAGACAUUAUCAAUAGGUUGGUGUAUUUUAUAUGAAUUGGAAAUGGAUAAUAAAGACGCAAUGCUCGUUGGAAAUUCCAAUGGGUUUGAGCACGUGUCUCAUUUUAACAUCAGUUGAUGCUUUUUGUAAUAACUACCAAACCAGGUGAUACUUAAUUGCAGAAUUGAGCAAUUGAGUGAAUUUUAGCAGAACAGUAAGAUACUAGGUAUUGGUGGAAAGGUUGAAGGGUCUCAUGUAUAUACAAUAUAUCCCUAUGUACAUAGCGUGUGUAUUUGUAGAAUAUAACUGUUUUUUAAUAUAAUAAUAAAAAUA